GAGGCAGCGAUACUGAGCAGCUGUUGCUCCCCCGCACCUGACAUCCGCAACAACAACAACAACAAUAAACAGCACCAACAGUCGAGGCCACACGCACAAGGAUAACCCACUAAAAGAAAAACGAAACGAUGACUCAUAAACAGGAACCGAAAUGUUUACAAAAAUAGAACAUAUGCCAAAACGAAACAGCGCCCGAGAGAAAGAGAGGGGUGAAAAGUGCCGUUGGCGGCGCAAUAAAUAGCAACAAUAAGAAGCCAACGGAAAAAUCGAUGCGGCUGUACCGUUCACCCAUCCAUCCAUUCACCAACCGCCCACCCACCACCCACUCUCUUGCCGUCUCGCUCUCUGUGUUCCACAUUGCAUUGUGAACGAGCAACAAAACGGAAUGGCGAUGAGUCAUGCCGGCGCACAGUGGUGGCCAAAAAUACAUUAACAGUCGGGCAGCGCAGGAAGCGAGUCGAGGACAACCCUUAUCAGAAAGGACGUUUGCGUGUGGCCAAAGUCGCAACACAGUAACGGGCACAAGGGGCAGCAAUAGCAACAACAACGCGACGACGACGCUGCUGCCGCCAUGCUGUCUGCCAACGCCAACACGCAACAGCAACAACAAUGUGGCGACGAACGAAGGAGACGGCAGGAACGAAGGAGGCACGGCAAAGAGCGAAUGGAUAAGCGUAGGAGCAGCAAAAACAACAACUUCAGGAGGAGGAAGGAGCAUUGCUCCUUAUCCCCACACACACACACCCCAAUUGUUUCUAUGAGUGCGAGGGAGUGGGAUAGCUGGAUUCCACAAAGUGGGAAACUUUGAUUUGAGUUUCGCUUUGAAAUCUCGUAAUCCUUACAACUUUUUAAAAUUUAUAGAUCCUUAUUAGCUUAGAACUAUAAAUAACCAUAUUAUUCCUUUAAGGCUGAAACAGUGAUUUUCUAUAGUAAAAUUAAUUGAAUUUCAUGGGAUUAUCUAGAAUCCCGCUAACAUAUAAUACAACCUCUAUUUUGUCUUAAUGUUUCCUAUGUGACUCCAGUUUUUUAUAAUU